CCAGUUGAGUUGGUGUUUCUCGAUCUCACCACGGCACAGGUGGUAACGCGACCGUGCGAGCUUUUGUUAUCGGCACAGCUACAGGGAGUCGUGAACUGGGCGCUGACCUGAACUAGCAAGUAGCAUAAUGGCGGAGGGGCAACCUUCUGUCAUGGCCCAACCAGGCGCGGGUACGGCUGGAACUGCAGAGAAGCGCCUAAAAGUAAAGGGCAAGCAUGACGAGCGAGUAAUCGUGACCGAGCCAAGUGCUGAAACGCCCAGUCCCUUCCAUUCCAUAUUUGCUCUGAAAUGCGGCUGCGUCCGUUGCGACAAAAAAACGCAAGUGGGCAUAAGAGAAGAUUGUCUAGGAACGUGCUUCCUACUCAGCGAUCUGAACAGUGCUAGCAAGGAUUACAUCAUCUUCGCCACAGCCGCACAUAAUCUGGUCUGCUGCGAUUGCGGCGAGUGGUGCUGGGUACAAAUCUACACGGAUUUAUCUGAGGAGAAGUUCCUAACCAAUGGAAAGAUAUCCCGCAAGAACGAGAAUGGCUGCCUGAUCGUUCCUGACUGGUACAAGGAGAACGCCACGAAGAAGCAUGAACAUCGACAUCUACACGACUAUGGGAUAAUAGCGGUCAAGACGAGCAAAGUUUGUCCGUUGGUGAAAUGGGCAGAUAAAAAGCUUCUUGGCGUUGCGACCCAGUGCAAGAAGAAGGAGGAUGACGUCCGCAUGUGCGGAUAUCCACUCCACACCUACUAUGAUGGUAAAAAAAUAAAAAAGCCGGCCGAGAAAUGCAAAUACUGGGUUGACGAGCCUCGCCGUGCUGAGUUUGGCCACGAUCAGCUGCUUCACCACUUUGUUGAUUCUUCCCCUGGGCAAAGUGGCUCGCCCGUCUUCCUUCUGCCCAAAGAAGACGAAGCUGAAACGACCUGUGCUACUGGCUAUGUUGUGGGGAUUCACGUCAAAGGUGGUCAUGAGCAUAAUUCCGCUGUGAUGCUCCGGGACGAGCGUGAACGCGACACAAAGCCAAUGGUGGACCUCCGAGAAUGGGCUAACAAUCCACCGGCAUUCUUACCAGAAGAAAGCGUUGCAGUUGUUUGUUCCGAGAAAUCAGUCAAGCCUGGGGUCAGGCCGUCGGAACAGAUCGGUUUGCAUGGUGAUGGACCGCAACCAGUUAUUAGCGGACCGGAGGAACCCAAGAAGAUGUUCUAUGAUGACCCAUUCGACCACCCCGACUAUGUGGCGAAAAUCGACGUGCCAUUGAAAGAUCUUGACGGUGUCGAGUUAAGGCAGAGGUUGCAGAAGAAGGGAUUACUAACCAAGAGCCAAGUGAAGAGGUUGGAGAAGAUGUCGAGCGAAACGCAUAACAACGAGUUGAUCGGGUGGAUUCAGUCGUCACGUCGCCAUGGAUAUGUUGCGCUGUGCGAGGUUAUUCAGGAGUUGAAAGUUGUUGACCCAGAACUGUUGAAAGACAUGAAAAACCUGCUGUAACCCGAGUGACGUGUGAAAAAGGAUGAUGGUGGUGAUGGUGAUGGUGGCCAUGAUUGAUCAACACUGGAUCGCGGCGAGAAUUUGUUCUGUCUGUCUCUCUCUCUCUUCCUGUGAGUCCUUCUGUCUGUCUGCCGGUACGUCUUUCUGUCCGUUUUUCUGC